UCUCGGAGGCUGACGGGAGAAGAGUAUCCGAUACCGAGCGGUGAGCUGUUGUGAGUAAACCAUGGCGGCUGCAGGAGGAGGGAAAAUCAGAACUAGGAGGUACCACAUCGCUUCGAAACCUUACGCCAAAGGCAAACAGCAGCAAGGUAUUAUAAGCAGAGUGACUGACACUGUGAAGAGCAUCGUCCCAGGCUGGCUGCAGAAGUACUUCAAGAAUGGUGAGCCGAGGGACACGGAGACGGAGGAGGUCAGGGAAGGGGCAGAUGAGCAGGAGACUCACAGGAGCAGCCGAGAUCCCAGCGAUGAGGAGGACGUAGUCCACCUUCCAGACAGGACAAGCACCCAGGAGCCCACUACCAGUAAUGCAGAGCCCUCCACCAGUCGGUCAGCCUUGAACUUCCAGGACGUUCUUGCCAGGCCACCCCUGAACCGCAGUCACCUGAACCUUUCCACACUGGACUCGCCUGCGCUGCACAGCCAGCCCUCCACAUCCACAGCUUUUCCCAUCAGCUCCUCGGGCUUUUCCUUGGUCAAGGAGAUAAAGGACUCUACCUCUCAGCAUGAAGACGACAACAUCUCCACCACCAGUGGCUUCUCUUCAAGGGCCUCUGACAAAGAUGUGACCACUUCAAAGAGCACCUGUUUGCCCCCUCUGUGGUCCCCAGAGGCUGAGCGCUUUGUUCCCCAUCAAGCAGGAGCUGGUCUGAAGAAGCCAGCCUUCAACCUGUCUGUGUUUGGAAACUCUUCCAGUACCCUUGCAAACAAUUCAGUACUCAACUCUACUCAGCUUGGUGACUCUCCCUUCUAUCCUGGAAAGACCACAUAUGGAGGGGCAGCGGCAGUGAGGACAAGUUCCAGGAUACGUGGCACGCCAUACCAGGCUCCUGUAAGAAGACAAGUUAAAGCAAAGCCAAUUAGUUCUUCAUCUUGUGGAGUAACGAGCGCCACUGCUCGAAGGAUUCUGCAGUCUUUGGAGCGGAUGUCAAGUCCUUUGGCAGAUGCUAAAAGAAUCCCAUCAUCUCUACCCUCACCUUUGUCCACAUCGCUGGAUAGGAGUGAUCUCGAUGUUACAAAUUUCCAGCCGAAAAGAAAAAAGGUUGAUUCUGCCCACCCUCCUGUUCAGAAGCUCGUGACCCCAACAGUUGCCUCAGUAGCUCUGAACAAAUCCAUUUCUUUCAAGCCCUCUUUGACUCCCUCUGGUAGCCUGAGCAGUUCGCGUAAAUGGAAGGAAAACCGUGACCGGGCUGGAAGACAAUCAAACAAAGAUGCUGAAAUAACAGUAGAACCCCCUCAGAGCACAAACAGAUUUUCAUACCCCCUGUUCAGCACUCCUGCAGCCAAUGGCACAGGUUCUAGCAGGGCAGGUGGUAAAAUGAAGAGGGAGAGAGCUUUUCAAAACUCUUCCAAGCAUACUCGGGAAAAUGAGACUAUAGAGGUGCCUGAUCUGCCAAACACCUCGUUGCCCAUCAGUACAUCAGCGCUUCCCACUUUUAGCUUUGUCUGUCCUCCAUCUACUGCUGCAAGUGUGCCUGCUACUAGCAAGGUACCUUCUGCCACAUCUAGUCCAAGCUGUGCUGCUUUCACCUUUUCCUCUCCCAUUGUCAAAGCAACAGAGCCAAACCUUCUACCUCCUUCACCAUCUGCUGGAUUUACAUUUAGUGCUCCUGUCGCUAAAACUGCUCCUUCCAACUCCACUGGCAAGACCUACCCCUCAUCAGUGACACCAGUUAAAAAUUCUUUAGCGUCAUCUUCAACUUCUGGCUCUGCACAGAACAAUGAGGUGUUUGAGGGUCCUUUUAAGCCAGCCAAAACUUUAAAGGAAGGCAGUGUAUUAGACAUCCUCAAGGGAUCAGGUUUUUCUUCUCCUCUGACAUCCAGAAACACCCCUAUCCCGGUCAAGCCUUUCCAAACAAACACCAGUGGAAACUCUCCUGCUUCAGGCAUUGCGCUUGGGGACAAGUUUAAACCAGCAGCUGGCUCCUGGCAGUGCAACACCUGUCUUUUGCAGAACGGUCCUUCUGAUGGCAAAUGCGUGGCUUGCCUAUCUGCUAAACCAGGCACAGACUCUUUCAAACAGGGUCCCGGUCUCGGCAGUGGCAGUAAACCUUCCAUAACGGAGCCCUUGCCUAGUUUUGUGGACAAAUUCAGACCUGCAGCUGGAAGUUGGGAGUGCGACACUUGUUUAGUACAGAACAAGUCUGAUGUCAUUAAAUGUGUGGCAUGUGAGACACCCAAGCCUGGCACUGGAGUGAAGCCUGCCUUGACCAUGCCUGCUGUUUCAGAACCCAAGUCAACAGCAACUUCCUCUGGCUCCUCAACUAGUAGCACUGUUGCUGGCGGCACAGCAGUGUCUACGGUGUCUUCAGGGGUGGGGUUUGGGGGACUGUUCAAGAAGAAGGAGGGUGCCUGGCAGUGUGAAGUGUGCCUUGUGGAGAAUAAGGCAGAAGACAGCAAGUGUGUCGCCUGUCAAAGUACAAAAGCAGGUGCAGCUCCAGCUGACACAACAACUGGCCCUGUUCCCUUGGGGGGGUCGCUGCAGGGAUUUGGUGACAAAUUCAAGAAGCCGGAAGGGAGCUGGGACUGUGAUGUGUGCUGCGUGCAGAAUAAAGCUGAGGCCACUCAGUGUGUGGCCUGUCAGAGUGCCAGGCCAGGAGCCAAGGUGGAGCCCAAAGGUUUUACAUCUUUGUCAUCAAAUACUGCAGCAUCUCCCUUCACUUUUGGAAUCCAGUCAUCCUCUGCCACAGAAUCUCCUGCAACUACAAACACAGGGGGCUUUACAUUUGGAGACCAGGGUGGUAUAAAAUUUGGCUCCACCACAACAGACUCCAGUGCAUCAUCUAAUAAUGUGUCAUCUGGUGCGUUUGGAGUAAGCUUUAAGUUUGGAACGAGCUCUUCUGCAUCCACAGAGACAGAUGACAGCAAAAAGGGUGAUGCUCAGGCCUUUGGCAGCGGUUUUAAAUUCGGCAUCACAAGUGGCAUUACAUUUGGCACUGGAAAUAGUGCCUGCAACCACACCGAAAACAAAUCGGAAUCGACGAGCAAACCCUCUCUGGAAGGCUUCUCGUUCGGACUUUCCACUCCAGCCAAAGCUGAAGAAAAGCCCACUGAGGGAGGCUUGACAUUUGCAGCCUCGAAGGAGAAGUCAGAGCAGGCGGGAUCCGUUCCCCCAGCAGCCGCCGUUUUCUCCUUUGGGAAAACGGAGGAGAAGAAAGCUGUGGUAGAACAGACACCGGCACUAAGUUUUAACUUUGGGAAGCCUGUCGAGAAGGAACUGGUGGUUCCGGUAUCUUCUACCCCAGCUCCAGCACCUGCUCCCGCUGCUCCAGUUUUUGCAUUUGGGAAGCUGGAAGAAAAACAGGACACUGGGAACAGCUCUUCUGGGUUCCUUUUCAACUCGGGAAAGGAGGCUGAGAAGUCCGCCCCGCAGCUCGGCUUCUCGUUUGGCAAGACCGCUCCACCCAAGGAGGAGACCAAGAGUGCGUUCUCAUUCGCAAAGCCCGCUGAGAAUCAAGACGCAGCCGAGCCACCCAAACCAGCAUUUGCUUUUGGAGCUGCAGCUGCCGAACAAGGGGCUCCUAAGCCUGCUUUCAGUUUCCUAGCGGGUGGAUCGUCCUCCACAGCUCCUGUUGCCCCCACCACAGCCGCCAGCCUCUUUGGGAACGCCAGCAGUUCCGCCACAUCCAAUCCUGCCCCAGCCUUUGUCUUUGGGCAAGGCAGUUCCUCGGAGGGCACCCCUGCCAAGACAUUCAUGUUUGGAUCGCAGGAGACCAAACCCCCUGCAGCUCCUGGUGCUGGGACAACAGUCCAGCCCUUCAUGUUUGGUUCGAGUAACGCAACCCCCCCAUUCAACUUUGUGGCUACGGCCCCUUCCACAGCCAGCUCGACAGGCUCCUCUGCUCCUCCAUUUGUAUUUGGCUCUGCCUCUUCAUCCUCGUCAACCAGCGCCCCUGCUUUUGGUGUGAACCAAGCGCCUGCUUUUGGUCAGGGUUCCAGCCAGCCUAGUGCUCCUGCGUUUGGUUCAGCAGCAGCUUCUCUCUUCUCAGCUGGUUCUCAGCCAGCUUCCUUUGGGUCCCCGGCCAACAGUCAGGCUCCAGUGUUUGGGCAGCAGAACAAUCAACAGCCUGCCUUUGGCUCCACAGCAGCACCUGCCAAUCCAGGUGGUGGGUUCCAGUUUGGGGCCACUAGUGCUUUUGGGGCCCCAACCAGUGGUGGGGUGUUUACGUUUGGAGGGCCAGGUGCAUCUUCAGGCCCUUCAACAGCCCCAGCUGUCCCGACACAACCCUCAGCGCCCACUGCAGGCUUCAGCUUCUCCCAGCCCCCAGCCUUCAACAUUGGAUCUGCUAAGAGUUCAUUCAACACACCUACCCCUGGACAGCAUUCAAUUGCUGGACGGAAGAUUAAGACUGCUGUUAGACGCCGGAAGUAAAGGAAAAGAAACCCUGAAAUAGACACUGAAGUACUUAAGAUUUAAAACUGCUCAUUUCAAAUAAAUCUGGUGCCCUGUACUGGUUUGUACCUCACUCUCUGGGCUCUGCUGAGUCAGUUUGCCUAGGACCAUCUCUAGUCAGCUGAAUCUUCGUCGCUGCUUGUUUUCUAUUCUCCUGAGCUGCAAGGUGAUGGAUUAAUAGAGGGGGAAAAAGAUGAAACAUGACAAUAUCAGCUUCAACAAAAGCAAAUGUCAUUUAGACCUAAGCGAUGUCGGUAAUGAUUUAGCAUGGUCUGGCUAUCCAUGUAGCCCACAGUUUGUUGGCUUUUGUAAACUGAUACCUCUUCAUCUGCACCACUAUACAGUAUAAUGUUCACAGCAGGUUUUUAUUGUAACUAUGCCACAGGAUUUGUGUACAGACUGAAAUGUGAGAUCAGUGGCUGAGACUGAUUGAUGUAUGAUGUGUGAAGUAAGUGAAUGUGUAGAAUUGGGGUGUGCUUGGGUGUCCCGUGCACUAACAUGACUGUGGAGAGGGGCAAUGAACAGAUGCCUCUUCCUGAGGACUUUGUAAAUCUUUACUUCUCUGCAUCUCUUAACGUUUUCUUUUUCUCUUUUUUCUCAUCAACCCGCCUUUUCAAUAUUUUAUUAUAAACUUCUGUAAAUACAGUAUGGUUGAUUUGCGAUCUAUCUUUAUCUGAAUAUGUGAACUUGAAAUUUUUAAUUUUUUUGUGUGUUAAAUCAUUUUUUGUUCGGUAUUGUCUUUAGAUUUUAUGAUGUAAAUUCCAUUAUUCAAAGUUGCCUAAAUCCAUUUAAGUAAACCUUAAUGCGAAUUGGGAAUUCUUUAAAGACUUAAGGUAUAUUGGCUUUUCUGAUCCACUUUUGUUUGGACCAAAACCAGUAUUGUACAAAGUAUUAAGUAUAUAUUUUUUUAUCUUUUGUUUAAAUGGACUGUGGUGACUUUGGAUAAUAAGGAAGACAAUUUAAUAUUAAAGCCAUGUUUAUUACUGUAUGAUUAACAAAGUAAACCCAUGGGGCAAUUGCCAUCAAUAAAAUUAUGAAUAGAGGGA